AUUUUUUUUUAUUUUGAAUCUGACAGUUAUGAACUCGUCAAAUCGCUGUCUAUCUAUACACCUUGAUAAUCGUUCGCGAUGCAGCUAGCUGGCUCUUUCACUCCAACGCACGUACAUCAACGAUGGUCCUACUGUGUGUGUGCGCAACAUAACAGGAUUGGUUCUGUCAUCAUCUCUUCCAUGUAUGGUGAUCGCGGCCCGAAAGCUGCAGUAGAAUUUGGUAAAAAUUGCAGACAAAUUUACUUUCAAGACGCUUGCUACCUGAUGGAAUUUAGUGCGAAGCUGUUUAACAUGUCCGGGAAUGUGCGGUACGGUGCGAGUGGCUGUGCACGAGCGCAGUAACAGGUGUUGUUUCGUACGUAAACGUGUUGACAGAUUGUGAAUAAAAAGAAAACCAAGAUCCUCCACACAAUACCAGCAGUGGCAGCAAGAAAGGGGAGAAACAAACUAAACGCUUAGCAAAAAAAAAAGCAUGAAAGAUUCCAAAGUUUAAGGUCCUCCUGCUAUCCGGUUUGCUGCGCGAAAGCACGUCUCUAUCUCCAGCAGGCUGUGUGUGAUCAUCAGUGAUGAUGACGGCCGUCAAGUAGAAUGUGUGUUGCAGUAGUGCGCUGACUGAACAAGCAGCAUCCGGCGGUGUUUUCCGAUGCAGACGGUUUUGCAGCAGACCGUGUCGGAUGUUGUCCUGUCGAAAACAAAUGCAUGCUGCGGCAUUUGUGUAGUGCAAAACGUAGUUAAACUAAUCUAGCCCUGUGUUGGUAGUGUGUGCGUUGUUGUGUGUGUGCUACACCUGUUCUUCUUCGUCCAUUUCUGCACCGCUUCUUCCUGAACUGCAACAUCCUGAACUGAUUUGGAUUAUUUUCUACCUUUGGGCAAUGUAGCAUAAUCCAUCGUUGGCAGACAUGAUGCGUCUGUUGAGAACCUCUGCAGUCAUCAACAAACAUCCGAUUUAGAAAUAAAUUCCGGCCGCCGGAACAAGCGAAACCCCUCAUGCUGCUAGAAAAACGAUCAUCAGCUGGAGCAGAUCACUACGAUUGGUGUAACAUAAACAGCUAUUGCUUAGCAAACGCUUUGACCCUUGCUGCUACGAUCUUCGCACGCAUUCGAUGCCAUUGACAUGCUUGCCUAAAAGCAGAGAGGUGUAGAUUUUCAGUUCCCAUCUUCAUCUGUGGCAGAGAUCCAGCUAUUAGUAAUAACACUACUAUUUACGCAAUAUCAACGCAACUUUUAGAUACAAAAAGUGUAGCUAAAACAUAGAAAAACAAACAUGGCACCAAGUCAGAAAGUGACAAAAAAAUGGGAGAUAUUUGCCGGCCGGAACAAGUUCUUCUGCGACGGAUAUUUGAUGACGGCACCGAACUCGGGCGUGUUUUAUUUCACGGUCAUACUGAUCACUGCAACGAGUGGAUUAUUUUUCGUGUUCGACUGCCCAUUUCUGGCACAACGCAUCACGCCCGCAAUUCCCAUCAUCGGUGGAAUUCUGUUCAUUUUCACGCUAAGCUCCCUGUUCCGGACGGCGUUCAGCGAUCCGGGCAUCAUACCGCGCGCGUCCCAGGACGAGGCGGCUUACAUCGAGAAGCAGAUCGAGGUGCCGAACUCGCUCAACAGCCCCACCUACCGGCCACCGCCCCGCACGAAGGAGGUGUUCGUGAAAGGACAGACGGUGAAGCUCAAGUAUUGCUUUACGUGCAAAAUCUUCCGGCCACCGCGGGCCUCCCACUGCAGCUUAUGUGAUAAUUGCGUUGAUCGGUUCGAUCAUCACUGUCCGUGGGUGGGCAAUUGCGUUGGCAAGCGUAACUAUCGGUUCUUCUACAUGUUCAUUGUCUCGUUGGCGUUCCUAGCAGUAUUCAUAUUUUCCUGCACAACGACUCACAUAGUAAUGUUAUUAAAGGAAGACAACCAGUUCAUUGACGUCGUCAAGCGGACUCCUUCCAGUGUGAUAAUAGCGAUAAUUUGUUUCUGUUCGGUGUGGUCUGUUAUCGGGUUAGCUGGAUUUCACACUUAUCUUACUACGAGUGAUCAAACAACGAAUGAAGAUAUAAAAGGUUCAUUCAGCUCAAAAGGUGGCCAGCAGGCAAUAAACCCAUAUUCGCAAGGAAACAUUUGCCUAAACUGUUUCCACAUACUGUGCGGCCCAAUAACACCGUCGCUGAUUGAUCGGCGCGGUGUCGUCACGGACGAGUAUCGGACGCAAAUGCAAGCGUCAGACAAGUACAACAGUGCCACUGUUCCACCGUUGGUUGUCAUGCAGCCGGGAAUGGACACACUUAACAAACAUUACAGUAUGGACCACGAAUUGCAAAAUGCAACCAACGGAGGAGGAGGGGUAGGUGGAACGGGCGUGUAUCGGCAGCGUAGCUACGAUAACUUACAAAAUGUUCCGAUUCCGACCAACUUUAAGUACUUUGCACCGCAGUCAAAGUAUAGCGUUAGUGGGGCAAACAUCAGUACCGGUGCUGGCGGUACAUACUGCUACAGCGACCAGAGUCAGCUACUGGGUUCGUCGCUCGGCGGCGGUGGAAUAUCUCCCUCCACGAUGCUGAUGAGAGGUGGAGCCAUGGGGGGCGGACCGAUGCCGCUGCUGAAAAGCCAGUCGGAAUUUCUUCACCACACCCAGCAGCAGCCACAUCAGGCACUGACCCCGAACGGGGCGAACAGUGUAUCGCAGCAGCAGCUGCUGCAGCAGAAAACGCAACCGCUGCACAUGAUGAGCCUCAACAUGACGCUGCCCCGCUAUCCGUACCAUCGGAAUCGAGCGAUCGGCAUACGCAAAUCAUCGCACGAUCUGCAGUUUCCGAUCUAUCAGCAUCACCCGCUGGAGGAUGGUAAGCAAACGAUGAUCGGAAGCAGUGGUGGCACGUACAAUUCGGGUGGUCCCUACUGUUUGGCCAAUGUGCCCGACAGCAGCACGAACAGCUUGAACAAUCACUUUAAUCCGUCGGCGAACCCGGCGCCGAUCGUAAUACCGUACAGUAACGGUCUGAUGUUGAAAGAUUCGUCCGCCUCGUCGUCGUCGUCCGGAGGUUCGUCGUCCACGUCCGCCUCGACCGCUACCAUAUCGUCCAACUCGACGUCCUCCGCUACCUCGUCGCUCGAUCGACGGUGCCGAAGCAAUUUGCUCCCGUCCGGAUCGGGCUCCGGUUCGUAUCUGGCAAGCUACGACACGAUCACCACACUGUCGGACCAUCCGCAGCAGCAGCGUCCAACUGUUGCCCCACACACCUGCCCCAACAGUCCGCGAACGAUCCGCUGCGGUAGUCCUAGCUGCAGCAGUGAGCUAGAUCCUAUGCUUCACUCGAAGGCGGCUAGCGGAGGGAAGCAACAACAGCCGUCGAAUAAUGGUGGCUAUCAUCAUCGCCAUCGACACCACCAGCAGCAGGGUGGUGGCGGAUACGCCAAGUUCUACCGUAAACCGUCUUAUCAAAUGAAAUCGUCACAAUCGCCUACUCCACCACCGUUGGCCCUACAGUCACCUUUGGCGGGUCCACCGUUCGGUAGCAGUGGAACCGGUACCAAUCCCGUUUCGCCGGCGCUUUCCUUUAGCCAAUUUAGUCCCAGCUUCUGGAGCGCUAACACGUGCGUUUCGUCGAGCAAUCGGAGCAGCAUGCUCAGUGCGGCCAGCACGCUCGGUGGGGGCAGCAGUAGCACCCCGUACGUUGAGUGUGCGAGCGGCCUGAAUGGCAGCGAUGGUGUUGGAAGUGGAGUUGGCGGUGGUGGCAUAGGAGCAGGCCAAGGUACAACAGGUGGUACUGGAGGAGGAGGAGGAGGAGGAGGAAUGGGAAACAAUACCGGUAAUAAUAGUCCGUACGUACAGCGGCGUGGCGGAAGCGACAAGCAACGCUUCUCAAACGUUUUCGAGUAUCAGUUUAACAAUUUCGAUCUCAACUCGAUACAUGAGGAUGCUACGAACGAAACCUAGCAUAUACUACAUUUUUAGUUUUGUAAUUUUUUAUAAUUUCACACAACAACCCGCGCACGGUCCUGGUGGAAUUUCAAUUUCUCGAGGGGCUGCCGGGCUUUUCUCGUCUCAUUUACAUUUGAUCACACACACCGUACCGUACCAACACACCACUUUAAUAAGCGCCCGCAAGUCGUUCAAUUGACUCGCAAUCUAUGGUCUUCAUUGUUUUAUUUGUUUUUGUUCUUUGAGGUUAAUUAUACAUGUUGGCUCUUGUUCAGUGUAUUUCACACAAGCGCACAUUUGAGUUUUUGUUUCUCUUUUUUUGUUGCUGCUGUUUAGCAAUUUGCAAAAGUUUUGUUGCGUUAUAAAAAGCAUUAACUUUUCUUGUACUGUGCUAAGCAGCUUGAUCUGCAGAGGUUGUCUUUUAAAAGUUGCAAACACAUUUUUAUUAUUUGCAUCUGCAGAAGUUGUACUAGCUGUCGAGAUUGAAGAAAAUAAUAGAACAAAGGAAGAAAAUAGUUACACUUGGCGGAUUAAACGUUUUGAAAUAGAAAGAGAGAGCGAGUGGGUGAUAGGUUUGAUUUUUAUAUCCUAGCAAAUGACAGUUGAAUAGUUGCGAUCGAAUCAUAAUCGAGUUAUAAAUAUUGAUUUUUAUAUAAAAACCUUCAAGCAACAUAGUUGCACACCAGGUAGUACAUUAUUCUAUACUAGACCUUCAUUAAACGCUAAGAAAAUGUGAUGAAAAAAUUACAAAAAUCCUAAAAAUGUAUUCCAAAACGUUCGAACAUUCUGCAUAACUGUCAAGUCUAAAACGUAAUAGUUCUUAUUUCCUGCUCGUGCCGAUGUUAGUUGCUGCAAAUAGUUUUGUUCGUUGUUGUUAGGCGAAAUUACAGGGGUUUUCAGUUGAUAAUGUAAAAGCAUCGAUCCUUUUUGUAAACUUUUUACGUGAAAGCUAGUUGCCAUGGGAGGAACGGCUUCGGAUGACAGGGGAAUCAAUCAUCUUUCAUUGUGAAGUUACCAGAUGAUACUGUAAUCGAAGCCAUUGAUAGUGUAGACAGCACACGGGUAAGUGCUUAACGUGCAAGUAUAAACACGGGCUGUAUGAAAGUCUUGGUUUAAAGUUCAAAGUGUUGGAUAAAACCAGUGUCGCUUACUGAGUUAGUGAAUAUCCAAAAACUGGUUCCUUACGUAAAACUACAAUGCGUACAAUACGUUACAUCCUGCGUUUAUAACCUGUACGUUACGCACUUUCCCGAGCGUUCACAGGCCGUGUACUAUAUCAUUGGCUUCGAUUACAAUAUCAUCUUGUAACUUCACAAGGAAUUCCCCUGUCAUCUGAAGCAGUUCCCAUGUCAACUAGCUUUGUUCACCAUUUCUUAUGAAGAGUUUACGAAAAGGACUAACGUUUUUAUAUUAUCAAUUGCAAAACACCGUAUUGUAACCGGGGACACGGUGUAUGCCGGAUUAUGUUCCCGAAAGGCCAUUCUGCGUUACAGUUCGCUUGAUUUGAUUGUAUUGCUUUGUUUGCUGCUAGUCAGACGAAAAAGAAAAAAAAACACGUUCAUCAAAAUCAAUGUUAUUGUUAGCAGUUUCAAAGUCAUGUUUUUUUUGUUUUUACAUUGAUUUUUUAAUAGUUUUGUUUUUCUUUUCGCUUUGUUACGUUGUGCAAAGAGUUCCUUUUUUUCGAAAAUAUUUUUCAUCUUUUGAGCAGAAUCUAACAUUGUGGUAGGACAUUACAACGUUUGUUCUUGAAAAGAAACAAAUUAAAAAACUCCACACACACACACACUCAUCCACGAGUACAGUUAUUAUAUAUUUGUGAUACCAAACAAAAAAAACCAAAGGUUUAUCACGCCUUGAAGCGUGCAAAAGGGAGAAGAAUACGUGUAGGAAACCAAUGUAAUGCAGAAGUUGUUAGAUUUAUGAAAGAAUACCUUUCAAAGGAAUAGAAGUAGUGCAAAAAAAAAAACCUGACCAUAACAUUGUUACAAGAUCUUCCAGCUACAGCAUGCCACCACCAUGCGUUUGCAUUCGGCAAAUAAUGUGUAAAUGGAUUUUUGCUGGUUUGUUCUGCAGUUAAUACGGCGAAUGCAUUAGAAUGAUUGUGCGGAUAGUGUCUAAUGAACAUUCGCUGAAAUAAGCAUACAAAUGCUUUAUUUACUAACGGCUAUGUUGCACAUGUAUCAAAAUUUUGCUUUAGCUGCUUGUUUUGAAUAACAUGUUAACAAACACAGAUUUAGAGUUACAUUAAAUCCAGUCCCCCUUGUUUACCCGUUGUUUGGUGCGCUUAAGAGGAACGUUUUGUAACAAUAGAUCACAAAAAGAAAAAAUAAAUAAGCGAUUUGGUUACGAGAUGAAAUAUCUCGACAAUAUCUUCCGGUGAAAGGAAACAAGAACUUCUAGAAAAUAGGAAACCCAAAAAAA